AAAUUUUUUCCAUGACGACUUAACAUUUUUUCACUUAUCCAAAUACAUCUUUUCCUGAUUGUUAACAAAUAAGGAAAUUGCUGUUUACCGAUACAACUGUCAGGUUGAAUGGCGCAGACGCAGAAUUCGCCACCGGAUAUUCUGGACAGCAGCGCUAAUUUAUCCCGCCUGGGAAACGGAAGUGGCAUGUACGCCGACGCUCUUCUCGGACAACCUGUUGAUGAGGGCGAUGAUACCGGUGAAAGUAUUCCGUUGACGAAUUUCGACUGGGUUAAUUAUUCAUCGAAUCUGGCGCAUUCUAUGCAAGACCCAGGAGCGGUCACGGGGACGGGUUAUCCCAUCCCAAUGCACUUGAGCCACGGAAAUGACUAUGUGGAAUUACAGACAGCCAAUCUGGCUAAUCAGGAACUACUGUGUGGAAGAUCAUUGGACGCUGGUUCAGCGAUGACACUGCACAACCUUAACGCUACUGUCUCCAAGUCGUCAAGUAGCUUCCAUGUGAAGGAUAUUCUCCAAUUACCCGAAAGUAAACUUAAUGGCGGAGGAGGAUAUGGCGAUGGUAAUGUUAAUACGACAACGACUGGUGUGGCAGUUCCGGCCAGUGGCGGUGGGGCUACGGCAGCGGCGGCUGCAGCAGGGGCAACUGCAGCAGCCGCUCAUGCAGCCGCCUCGGCUAUUCAUACCAGUGUUAUACAGUCAGUGGGCGCAAAUAACCAUAGUCGAGCAACCGGUCAACAACAAUCACCACAACCACCGUCUUCAUUUGCCGCACUGGAUCAUUCCUUUCCGCAUUUCGCUACCGGCAAUCUUACCAUGGACCAAGUGUCCUUCAUGUCUUCCACGAUGCCCUAUUCAUACUAUAUAGAUCAAUCGGGUAUGGAUAACCCGUACACCCGAUGGAUGCAUCAUGACCCUUAUUAUUCCGGUUAUAUGCAAUCCAUCAACACAGCCAACUCCGGUCUCGCUCAAUUAUCCCUUGACGUUCACCACACGAUUCCCGAAUCAACAGCACCCGCUGCUCCCGUUAAUCCCGCGCUCAUACAUUCCCCAUCCACUAAUGUGCCGGCACCGCCGUACGUUAGCGCCAGUCCGGUGUCUGUGUGUAAGGAAUCCACAACGCCCAAUAUAGUACACAUUAACAGCGUCGACAGUAAGCACGGCCUCCUGGAUGAGGCGCCCUUUACAUCGCCGCGCUCUAGUGCAUCCACGCAUGAAGUUCCUAACGAUCUGUCCGAUGAUUCCAAUGAUGAUAUUCUGGAUGAUAAGGGCGGUGAGAGCGGUGAUGAGGAUGGGGAUUCCGAUACGGAUUCCAAGAAGGGCGACGACAAAUCCGAUGCCGAUGGGAAAAAGGAGAACGGGGAUCCGCCCAAAAAGCGCAAACGCCGGGUACUGUUUACCAAAACACAGACCAUGGAACUGGAAAGACGUUUUCGUCAACAGCGAUAUCUGUCCGCUCCGGAAAGAGAACACCUUGCGAGCAUUAUUCGUCUGACCCCGACUCAAGUGAAAAUAUGGUUCCAGAACCAUCGUUACAAGACUAAGCGAUCUCAUAAAAUGGACGUAAACCACACAUAUUCACCAAAGCGCGUUGCCGUCCCAGUAUUGGUACGCGAUGGAAAGCCCUGCGCACCGUCAUCAACUGGAAAUUCCUGCCUAAUGAAAUCCCCCACGGGUAUGCACCACAUGAUGCAUCACGAUCCAUUAGCAGCGGCAGCGGCCGCUAACGCCGCUGCGGGUCUACAAGCCAUGGCCAACAGUGCAGCCGGUGCCGGUGGAUUCUACAGCAGUAAUACCUGUAUGGGACCCGGCAGCCAAAUGAGCGGAUAUGUCACACCAAUGAAUGCAUCCGGCGCAGCCGCCGCUGCCGCGGCCAAUUCAGUAUUGCAGGGCAUGUCGCAGCAUAUACCAUCUUCCCUUAACGGUUUUGCCAAUCCCUGCAUGAAUCCCUUCCCCCAGUCGCACCAUCUCAGUAAUAUGGCCAUGCAAAUGAGCAAUUCAUCCAAUUUCACCCAUUUAUCCAUGCCGCAUCCGGGUGCUAACCAGCAACGACCUUGGCCGCAAUGGUCAUAAAUGCCGGGCGUUGGCCGUUGCUGUUCAUGUUGUACCUUAUACAUACAAAUUCGGUGCCAGUAUUCGUCUACCUUCGGAAUAAGCGUGCAUGUGCCCUUGAGUCAACUGGACAAAAAAUAAGCGGAUUAUCCAACCAAAUAGUAAUCCAUUAGCGCGGUUGUGUAGGGUUACUGGAUAAAAGUACGUUUGAUUAAUGUGUUACAUGUAUUACUCUCAUUUGUUGUGGAUGUCAGCGAGUAGCGUAGUCCACGUCCAGUAUGGGCAGGGCAUGCAUGUACUGACUUAGCUGUUAAAGUGCAAUCAAUGUUGUUUUAUAUCUAUAUUCUUUGGUCAAUUUACUCGGUUAAAUCAGAGUGUUCAUAUGUAACCAUGGGAAAAAAUAUUUUUC